UUGAAGUGUAGUGUAAGCCCUAAUCGGUGUGACGAUUUCAUUACAUAGAAAAAAAUAGUUGGGAAUUUUCUCUUCAACAACAACCAUGUUUGCAUCAUCCUUCUUCCUCACCAAAACCCUUCUCCCAAAACCCUCGUCCCUUCUAAGCCCGCCACGUGUCCCUCUCCCUCUCCCUCUCCGCUCCCACACCCUCCCCGUACCCGCCAACACCAAAAAGAAGAAGAAAAAGCCCUACGGCGGCGCCCUCCCCUCCAUCCUCCGCUCCCUCCACGCCGACGCCGACGUCGCCAGCGUCCUCCACUCCCUCCCCGCCGCCCCCUCCCCCAAGGAAAUAACCGUCAUCCUCCGCGAGCUCUCCGCCACGUGGCACCGCGCCCUCCGCGCCUUCGAGUGGUUCAAGUCCCAACCCUGGUACUCCCCCAACGUCAUCCACUACAACGUCGUCCUCCGGGCCCUCGGCAAGGCCCACCAAUGGGACCACCUCCGCCUCUGCUGGGCCGACAUGGCCCGCAGCGCCGUUCUCCCCACCAACAACACCUACAGCAUGCUCGUCGACGUCUACGGGAAAGCGGGCCUCGUCCAAGAAGCGCUUUUGUGGAUCAGGCACAUGAGGGUGAGAGCCUUUUUUCCUGAUGAAGUUACCAUGUGUACUGUUGUUAAAGUGUUGAAGGAUGUUGGAGAGUUUGAUAGAGCUCAUAGGUUUUACAAGGGGUGGUGUGAAGGGAAAGUUGAGUUGGAUGACCUUGAAUUAGAGGCUAGUUAUAAUGGUAGUAGUGCUAGUAGUGCUAAUAAUAAUGGGUCAACAUCAAUGUCAAUUAGUUUCAAGCAGUUUCUCUCCACUGAGUUGUUUAAGAUAGGUGGAAGACUUGCGCCUUCUGAUGUGGCACAUUCGACGAAUUUGAAUUCGUCGAAUGGGUUACAGAAGCCGAGGCUGUCUUCCACCUAUAAUGUGUUGAUUGAUUUGUAUGGUAAGGCGGGGCGGUUGACCGAGGCGGCGAAUGUGUUUGCAGAGAUGUUGAAGGCGGGAGUGGCUGUGGAUGUGUGUACUUUUAAUACUAUGAUGUAUGUUUGUGGGAGUCAUGGGAAUUUGGUGGAGGCGGAGGCUUUGCUUGGUAUGAUGGAGGAGAAAGGGUUGGCGCCGGAUACCAAGACUUUUAACAUUUUUCUGUCUUUGUAUGCUGAUGCUGGGGAUAUUGGUGCCGCGGUUUCUUGUUAUAGGAAGAUUAAGGAGGCUGGGCUGUGUCCGGAUGAGGUGACUUACCGUGCUCUUCUUGGUGUGUUGUGCAAAAAGAGUAUGGUACGAGAUGUGGAGGAUUUGAUUGGGGAAAUGGAGGAGGAUUUUGGGGCUGUUGAUGAGCAUUCAGUUCCGGGUAUUGUGGAGAUGUAUGUUGUUGAAGGGGAUGUGGGUAAGGCGAGUGACUUGCUGAGGAAGUUGCGAAGGAAUGGGGAGAUGUCAUCGAGUGUUCGUGCUGCGGUCAUGGAUGUUUUUGCUGAGAGAGGACUUUGGGCAGAAGCGGAGGAUGUUUUUUAUGGGGAAAGGGAUUCAUCAGGGCGGAAAAGGGACAUUUUAGAGUACAAUGUCAUGAUCAAAGCGUAUGGAAGAGCGAAACUUUAUGAUGAGGCUGUUUCUUUAUUCAAAGGAAUGAAAAAACACGGGACUUGGCCUAAUGAAAGCACGUAUAAUUCCCUUGUUCAGAUGUUGGCUGGUGCUGAUUUAGUGGAACAAGCAAGGGAACUCAUGGUUGAAAUGCAGGAAAUGGGGUUUAAGCCACCAUGUCAAACUUUUUCUGCUGUUAUUGGAUGCUAUUCUCGUCUUGGCCAGCUUCCUGAUGCAGUCUCUGUGUUCCAGGAAAUGGUAAGAGUUGGAGUAAAACCGAAUGAGGUUGUGUAUGGAUCUUUAAUUGAUGGAUAUGCAGAACAUGGUAGCCUUGAAGAGGCACUUCAGUACUUCCACAUGAUGGAAGAAUCUGGAUUAUCAGCAAAUUUAGUUGUUUUAACAUCCCUUCUAAAGUCUUAUUGUAAGGUUGGAAACUUGGAAGGAGCAAAAGCUAUCUAUGAGCGGAUGAAGAACUUGGAAGGGGGUCUUGAUUUAGUUGCAUGUAAUAGUAUGAUUGGCCUCUUUGCAGAUCUUGGUUUGGUAUCUGAAGCUAAGUUGGCUUUUGAAAAUUUGAGAGAAAUGGGCCGGGCUGAUGCAAUUUCAUAUUCAACAAUCAUGUAUCUUUAUAAGGAAGUUGGUCUGAUUGAUGAGGCCAUUGAGAUUGCAGAGGAGAUGAAACUGUCAGGAUUAUUGAGGGAUUGUGUUUCAUUUAAUAAGGUACUGGUGUGUUAUGCCUCCAAUGGGCAAUUCUAUGAAUGUGGUGAAUUAAUACAUGAGAUGAUAUCUCAGAAGCUGUUGCCAAAUGAUGGAACUUUUAAAGUGUUAUUCACUAUAUUAAAGAAGGGAGGGAUUCCCAUUGAAGCAGUGGAACAAUUAGAGUCAUCUUACCAGGAGGGGAAACCUUAUGCUCGGCAAACAACCUUCACUGCUUUGUACUCUUUAGUUGGUAUGCACACUUUGGCACUUGAAUCUGCUCAAACAUUCAUAGAAUCUAAGGUGGAUCUUGACUCCACUGCCUAUAAUGUUGCAAUCUAUGCAUAUAGUUCAGCUGGAGAUAUCAACAAGGCCUUGAAUAUAUAUAUGAAAAUGCGGGAUGAGCAUGUGGAACCUGAUCUUGUAACGUAUAUUUAUCUGGUAGGUUGUUAUGGAAAAGCUGGCAUGGUUGAAGGUUUGAAACGGAUAUAUAGCCAAUUAGAAUAUGAGGAGAUCGAGUCUAGUGAAUCUUUGUUCAAGGCUAUCAUAGAUGCCUAUAAAAUUUGCAAUAGGAAGGAUCUUGCUGAGUUAGUUAGCCAAGAAAUGAAAUUCACGUACAACUCAGAAAAACAUUCUGAAAUUGAAAGUGAAACUGAAUAUGAAAUUGGAAGUGAAGGUGAAUAUGAAGUUGGAAGUGAAGGUGAAUAUGAAGUUGAAAGUGAAACUGAAUAUGAAAGUGAAACUGAAUAUGAAAAAUAUAAAUGAAGCUUCUUCAGGUCCAUGUUGAGGUUGAUAAAAAAUUUGUAUGAAGAUGAAUACAAAUGCGGUUUAGCUAAG